AUGUCCUCAGCACUGGCAAAACCUCCUCCAGCUCCGGCUACCGACAGCAAGCCAAAGGUCACCGUGGCCGCGGUCCCGACGUUCGACAAUGCCUUGUCAAAGGGCAUCGCCUUCGGCCGAGUAGCUGUCCUGCUCGGGCUGCUGGCUGCGCAGUUCAACGACCUGGUGGCAGAGCCGGUGCUAACGCUGCAAUCCGCGCUGCCUGUCGUGGCCGUUGUCCAGGUGGCAUACGCGGUGCUAUGUCUGCCAGCAGCAGGCUCUCAGCAGGCGAAAGCUGCCAAGAAGGCUCGUCCUGGCGAGAAGAAGAAGCCCGAGCAAGCCGGAACGAGCUCAGUGACUGCUUUCCUCGCCCUUGUCCUCUCUACGAUAGCGACCCCUGUCAUCCAUGCGCUCUUCAUCCUCUUCGGUGCGCCUUUCCUCGACCACAUUACUCACACGUUUCUCUGCGCGGCGCACUUCUCCCUCCUCGGCAUCUUCCCUGUCAUCUACGCACGCGGAGUGGAUAGUCAGGCACUGAUUGCGGUGGCUGGACUGUCUGCGCCUCUGGACGAGACGCUGGGCGGCCUGCUAGGCGCGGUGCUUGGCGCAUGGUUGGGCGCGGUGCCUAUCCCGCUCGACUGGGAUCGAGAAUGGCAGAAGUGGCCUGUCACGAUUGUCUGCGGCAUGUACGCGGGGUCAUGUCUUGGCAGCUGGCUGUCUGGCGUCGUGUUUUUCGGCAAGCGGCUCGGAGGAACUGCGUCUGCCGCAAAGGACGAGUAA